CUGUUGGGCUCAUAUCCCUCCCCUGAUUACCAAUGGACUACACCUGGUCCCCAAACUGAAGGAGGUUCCUCUGCAGUGCAGGACAUGUCGGCUGACUCAACACCAAAAUAAGCUGUUUAAACCAAAAAGAUGUCUGUGAAGAACAAGUUCUGCCUGAAAAACAGGAGUGUGGCUUCAGGAUGGUGAAGGAGGAUCCAUCGAAGAGGAAGACCAGGCUCCACGGACCCUCUGGCGUCUCCUUUUCCUCUUUGACACAGACACCUCCCUGUAAAAAGGAAGAGGAAGACUCACUGACGCCCCCACAUUAAAGAGGAAGAGGAGGAACACAACAUCAGUCCAGAGGGAGAUCAUCUUGAAGGACUGGAGGAGUUCCCAGUGACUGGUGUCCCUGUGAAGAGUGAAGAUGAUGAGGUGAAAGGUGAAAGUGAGGAGAGGGGAGGGGGGGAGCCUCCAAGCAGCAGCUCAACACAACACAUGACAACAGAAGCUGAUGGAGACCACUGUGGAGGAUCACAAGCAGACAAGCUCUUAGCUCCACUAUCAGAUAGUGAGGACACAACGUCACACUCUCCUGACACUGAUGAUGAAGACUCUAAAGAUGAUAAGACAUGUCACACUGACAACACUCACUUCACAUGUCCUCACUGUCACAAAACUUUUAAAUACCAUUGUCGUCUGAAAAGACACAUGAGAACACACACUGGAGAAAAACCUUAUGUCUGUUCAAUCUGUGGUAAAGGUUUUGUUGAAAAGCAGAGUUUGAAAAAACACACAAUAUUACACACUGGUGAAAACCCUUUUAUCUGUUCAAUCUGUGGUAAAGGUUUUGUCGAAACUCACAAAUUGAAAGAACACAUGAGAACACACACCGGUGAAAAACCUUUUUCUUGUUCAAUCUGUGGCUUAUCUUUUUCAAGGAAGCAACAUUUGAAAGUACACAUGAGAACGCACACUGGCAAAAAACAUUUUUCCUGUUCAGUCUGUGGUAAAGGUUUUACAAAUGGUCACAAUUUGAAAGUACACAUGACAACGCACACUGGAGAAAAAUCUUUUAUCUGUUCAAUCUGUAGUAGAGGUUUUGUUCUAAGUAAAUAUUUGAAAGUACACAUGAGAAUGCACACUGGAGAAAAACCUUUUUCUUGUUCAAUCUGUAGCUUAUCUUUUUCAAGGAAGGAACAUUUGAAAGUACACAUGAGAAGACACACUGGCAAAAAACCUUUUUCCUGUUCAACCUGUGGUAAAGGUUUUACACAAAGUCAGAGUUUGAAAAUACACAAGAGAACACACAUUGGAGAAAAACCUUUUUCUUGUUCAAUCUGCGGUAAAGGUUUUACACAAAGUCAGAGUUUGAAAGAACACAUGAAAAUACACAGUGUAGAAAAACCUUUUUCUUGUUCAAUUUGUUGUAAAGAUUUUUUAAAUCGACAGUCUGUGAAAGUACACAUGAGAACACACACUGGUGAAAAACCUUUUCCUGUUCAAACUGUGGUAAAGGUUUCACACAAAGUCAGGAUGUGAAAAAAACAAGAGAACACACACUGGCGAAAAAUCACAUUCCUGUUCAAUCUGCAACAGAAGCUUUUGUUGACGAUCAAAGCUUGUAGCACACAUGAGAAGACACCCAGGAGAGAAAGUGUUGAGUUGCAGUGUGUGUGGUGAAAGAUUGUCUUCUAAGUACCAGUGUAAGAAACACAAGUGUGCUGGUGAGAACAGCAGCAGCAAAUGAAACUGCAGGAUUUGAAAUAAACUGUCCAGACUUUUAUUUUGACUUUCUAACAACAUCAGCACAUCAAUCAAGUACAUGCAUUAAUGUACUUUUAUUAAAUAUUGAACAAAAUAAUUUGACCGAAAAUGUGAGUGUAAACAGUACAAGACAUACUUUACAUACAAAAAACAUUUUAUUUGUAUAUAUAUAUGCAUAAUACAAUUUUAGACUUAUUCAUAAUAGUUUUUUAUAGGCGUUUGAAAUAUUGAAGAAUUACAUAUUUGUAUUUGUAAUUGUUGAUAACCCCAUAGAUUAUCACCUUUAUAUGAUAUACAUAUGUACUGGUUCACAUCUGAAACAUCUUCUGGACCACUUCAGGAAGCAUAUUAUUAUUUACUUUAUACAUCAUUUAAACAGUUGUCUUUUAUACAAUUUUAAAAUGUGUGACUUUAUGAAUCAUUUGUUGGGUCUCUAUAAUCCAUGUUAUUAAUUAUCUUUUUUACUCUCUUUUGUAAUAUGAUGAUUGUGUUGUGAUUAUUUUAUAUGUAUGUCCCCAGACCUUUAUGUAAUAUAAACGUGAGAGAAAAUGGCAGAUUAUUUUUGUGAAGGGAUUUUUUUUUUUACAAACUUACAUUUGUGGAAAUAUCAAAUAAAUCCAGUAUUGUGUUUGAAACAUUUUUAUGGUUGUUUUUCUUUUUAACAUCCCCAAAACAAUAUCAAUAUCAAUCAAAGUUUGUCGUUUUGGCAAAAGCCAAUAUUAUACAUAGAUUUACUUUGCAUACAUUCCCUAUCACAGAACGAACAAGUGUUGUCUUCAAUUGCAAUUCAAUAUCCUAAAAAUGAUUUUAAGUGGUCAAUUCCGGGGUUGUUUUUUUUCCAAAAUGAACCCCUUUGCCUUUGGAAGAUUGGAAACUUUCAAGUUCUAUUUUUUUUAAUAUACUAUUGAAGAAAUAGUAAAUAAUUACAAAAGAUGGUAUGCUGUAUUUAGAAUGUUUUUUACAAAAGCCUUUUAUUUUUAGUAAUUAUUUUUAUUUGCAGGAUGUAGUUAAUGAAAUCUUCAAUUCAUAAAAUACUUUUCUCACUCAAUAAGUGCAUAAGCGACCAAAUGCCUUUUUCAAACCAUUGCUGUACAAAGAUGGAUUUGUUUCUCAUUUUAAUAUAAGAACAAUUCCAUAGUGGAGUAUUGUGUGUGAUGAAGUUGUGUUUGUAAAUUAGUUUCCAGUACAACAACACUACUCUAGCCUUGACUGGAGGGCAAAGCAGGUCUAAAUAGCAACCGGCUGAUUGACAGUCCAGGUGUGGCCAGGUGCCAAUCAGCCGCAUCUGAGGGGAAACAGCUCUCAGAGAGACAAGCAGGAAACUGAACCAAAAUAAGAGCGCUUACAGGAAAUAAAAACAAACACAGAGGAAAAAACCUAACUAAACUGUCAGUGACAAAUUUGACACAUUUAUUAAAAAAACAAAACUUCUAUCGAUAUUUGCAGUUGCGGCAUUUUGUUAAUAUGAAGGUGAAAAAUGUAACAAAGACCAGCAUAUGUUUAAUUGAACUGUUUACAAAAGCAUAUAAUUCAGAAACUAUUGAUAGAAGUGUUUCAUGCUUGUAUAAGAAAUCAUAUUCAACUUUAUAUAUUAAAACAAAAUGGGAGAAGAAAGGAGGGGUAACUACAUCUGAGGAAGAAUGGACAAUAAAAAGGAGAUAUCAAUGGACUUGUAGCAGCUCACCCAAGUGGAGAGUUUGGCUGGGAAAGUUUUAUUCCACCUUCUCAGAAGUCUCAGUAUGAUAACAACUCCCCUGCCUGUUGGACAAAUUGUGGGAAUCUAAAGGCAAACCACUAGCAUGUUUUCUGGGACUGCUCUGCCAUAAAGGACUAUUGGAAAGAGAUACACCAAGCUCUACAGGAUAUUUUCAAAUCACCCCUUGAAAGUAACAUUCUGUUUUUCACACAUCGCACCUCAGGAUUGGCUGAAAAAAGAGAAAUACUUCAUGAAUAUCCUACUA